AUGAAUUCAAUCGUUGUUCUUUUGUUAUCCGCUUGUCUUGUUGGCGUCAGCGACUAUUCGCCGAGCCCUCCUGACGUAAAUCAGACUAAAUACACUCUCGGUUUCAUCUCCACCAUUGCCGCUUCAGCUCUAUACGCGCUUUUACUUUCUGUCACUCAACUCUCGUUCCAAAAAUUCAUCAAAAAGGAAACUUUCGCAGUUGUUCUUGAGCUCCAGAUUCAUACGUCAAUCGUUGCUUCUUGUGUUUCGCUCGUCGGUCUGUUUGCUAGCGGCGAGUGGCGGUUGUUGCGCAGCGAAAUUGCGAGUUUUCAUGAAGGGAGUUUGAGUUACGCCAUGACGUUGAUCUGGACUGCUGUUGCUUGGCAGAUUUGUUCAGUUGGUGUGGUUGGUUUGAUUUUUAUCGUGUCGUCGUUGUUUUCGAAUGUGAUUAGUACUCUUUCCUUGUCUCUUUCGCCUUUGGCUGCUGCCAUUGUUUAUGAUUAUACCAUGAAUGGCGCUAAAACUAUUGCUGUUCUUUUGGGGAUUUGGGGGUUUUUUACUUAUGUUUAUCAGCAUUGUCUUGAUGAGUUCGAGUUCAAGGUUAAGAAGAAACCUGUUAUUCGUAAAUGCAGUCAAUGUGCUUGUUGA